AAAACUGAAACUACGUUGCCGGAUUCCGCGCGUUCCAGUACCACCGAAGAUGUGAUAACUUUAUUCGCUGAGCCAGCGUUCCCGCGUGCUAAAGAAAACAAGAUUAUAAGCACGAUGGACGAAGAAGUAAGCGCUAGAGUAAUUAAGAAAACGCAAGACCUCUUGGGAUCUGUGAUAAAAAAGCCACCCCUGCAAGAAAAACUGCUCAAGAAACCGCCUUUCCGAUUUCUGCAUGACGUUAUUCAUAACGUCAUCAAGGCAACCAAUUUUUUAGAUGGGUUGUACACCCAGGAAGAGCUUACGUCAGAAAAUAUUAAGGACAAGGAAGGCAAAAUAGCAUUUUUACAGAAAGCUAUUGAUGCUGUGGGCAUAGUAACUGGGACGGCGUUGCCUGUGCGACCAUCAAAAAUAGUCGCUGGACACGAACCAGACAAAACCAAUGAGUUUCUUCAAGCACUUGCGAAGUCAGCAGCCAAAAAGGUGGACUCUAGUGAGGCUGUGAAGAAAGUGCUAGGCGGUGAAAAGCCUCCUGCACCAAGCAAACCUGAGAAGAAGGAUACGAGCAAAAAGAAAGAGGCAGCAAAGGGAAUUCCGAAAAAGUCAGACAGUGAACGAAAAUCAAGAAAAACGGCAGGUGAAGCUGACACAAGUAAAGAAAAUAAGUCAACAUCCUCGGUGCAAAAGGAAAAAGAAAAAAGCUCUUCUAGCAUCAGGCCAUCUAAAUCGGGCAAGGCAAGAAGCUCAGGGGAACACAGAUCUAAAUCUAGAGAGCCUGAUACACGCAAGCUGGCAGAAGCUGUUCCAGAGGACAAUGCUGUGCACCAGACCAGCAAUGAAAGACCGAAAACUAGCUCAAGGAAAAAAUCAUCGAAGGAGGUGAAAGAGCCUACAGAUGCUGCCCCGUCGGAAUUGCCCAAUGGAGUUUCUAAACUUGAACAGGAUCAAGUAGUCACAAAGGUAGACAAGACGGACCUACUUCUACAAGCAACCAAUCACCACAUUCAAGAAAAUGAAGUUGAAGUCAAACGUCCACGCAGUACGAAACGGUCAUCUCACAAGGAGCAAACUCCCGAAAGCAGUAGUGAUGGACAACAGGAUAAGCUACCUAUGUCAAACAGCCAUGAAGUGACAUUAGAACCAGACAACUUAUUGGCUCCUCCUGAGCCCGAGAACAACACUAUGCAGGAAGGCGAGAGACCAAUGUCUCGGUCCACAUUGAGGUCGUCACGGCCUAGGAGUUCCAGACCAGCAGCACCAAGGAUUCGAAAGAGGGAGAAUUCAGCUGAUACCACUCCUGCCGCCAGGGCUCCAACUGCUAAGCCAGUUGAAAAUGUGAUUCUGGACACAAGUGAUGACAAAAAUGAAGAUGACAAAGAUGAGGAAUUUGUGAUUACCGAGGUCACAACGCAACCUGUCCUUGCUAAUCUGAACACUCCAGAGACAGAACAGCUUCCAGAAUCCGAGCAAGGAAGCCUCGUAAAGCAAAUUCUCGAAGCAAAGAAAGAGUUGGAGCAAGGGAGCCAGCGGCCGUCUACAGGCUUUCCAACAGCGGAAUCUGUUAUGCCUGGCAUUGUUUCCAAAGCGCAAGGGCAGGACAAGAUGGACAUGCUCCGACAGCACAUCCAAGCAGUCAGCCGUGGAGCGCUGCCACUGGGAAAGCUCCUGGACUUACUUUCCGAGGACCUGGACUCCAUGAACAUGGAGUUGAGUUCGUGGAAGGAGGAGCAUGCCAAGAAUCUACAGGCUUACAGCUCUGAGCAAAGUGCAACGGACUCAAUCCUGGAGCCUCUGAGACAGAACUUGGAAGAACUGGACCAGCGCAUCAGUGAUGAACUGGAAGAAAUCUCGGCAACAAGAGCAGUCAUCUUCAGCAAUGCUGAACGGUUGGAGAAGAUGCUGGCCGCUGCAAACCUUGGUCGCUAAACCUUUUAAAUAUUUGACUUUUUGGCGAGGCUUAGCCUUGCAGAUGUUAUUUCCUGAGUGAGAAUGAGAUAAAUGCAUUAAUUCACGUGUUCA